UCCGCGUUGACAAAGUGUCUCCGGUCUCAGCAGCAACAACAGCCGCUAAAAGAUCACCGUUUCAGAGCUGUCGUUUCUCUUUGUGUUAGUAAGAUGAGUCCGCUGUGUGAGUGCUGCUCCGAGCACAUGAAUAAACUGAACCAGCAGGUUUCUGUGAUGCGAAAAGAAAUCAAGAACCUGAGGCAGACGCUAGACAGUGCAAUUAGAGCUCAUCGCAAACAGCUGCUGGCGGUUCAGGCUGCUGUGUCGAAGAUUGGACUCAGCGAAGAAGUUAAAGCUCCAGCACCUUCACCACCGUCACCGGCAGCAUUAGAGCGAGGGAACAUCCAAACAGUCCCAAUUGGUUACAUUAGUUCCUGUUUUUCUGUGAAGAAUGGGACUCCCCGGCAGCCCACUAUUUGUGGCCCUUCAAGGGCAGAACUUCGAAUUCAGCCGAGUGUCUUCAACAACCCGGAGCACGCUCUGGUGGGCCUGGAGCAAUACUCCCAUGUUUGGAUUAUUUUUGUCUUCCACAAAAACGGCCACCUGAGCUACAAAGCCAAAGUGAGGCCGCCCAGGCUGAACGGGCAGAGAGUCGGUGUGUACUCGACACGCAGUCCUCAUCGACCGAAUGCGUUGGGCCUAACGCUGGCAAAGCUCGACAAAAUACACGGUGAUACUCUACACCUGUCAGACAUUGAUAUGAUUGCAGGCACCCCAGUCCUGGACAUCAAACCCUAUAUCCCAGAGUAUGACUCCCCCGACACCCGGAGGAGCUAUGAGGAGGACUCAGAGCCCUGUAAUUCAAACACUGACCAAAUGAAUGAGGACAAGAGAAACCUCAUUAACCUCCCUGAAGGAUCAGACAUAGAUGUGCAGUUAAACACAGAAGAUCGAGGAGCAGCUAAUGAUUAUGUGGGGAAUCUCCUCCCAGAAGAAAAAACUAAUACUAACGUAACAGGUUCAUCUCAUAUCAGUGCUCAGUUUUCUUUGUCCAAAGACCUCAGUAAUGUGCUGGAGGAGGUCAAGGCUUUUGUGAACCAAGAUGUUUUCUUAAGUUCUGAGAGUAAGAACCGAGGUUCAGACUCUCCUAAAACUAAACCACCUUUGUUGGAAGUAGACCAUCCCUGCUAUGGAGAGGAAGCCUACACUAUGAUCGCAGGCUGGAUCAGAGAGCCUCCUGUCGCAAGUCUGGAUGUGCGAUUCAGCCUUCACGCGGAGAGGGAGCUGGCAGAGUUCAUCCCUGCACACCUGUCAGGACUGUCUGAAAGCCACAGACCCAGGUUUAAGUUUCUGCGCAGUACAGAGGAGGCAGUCGCUGCCAUCAGAGGGGUCCUGUCAGCAGACCCCCGAUCCGUCUACAGGAGGACUCGCUGCAAGGACAGACUCUUUUUCUUCACCCUUGACACGGCUGACAUCACCUGCUGGUUUGGACAAGGCUUUGCAGAGGUGCUGCAGGUAAAACCUGUAGAGCCGCACAUUGCUUCAGUAUGAGAAACUUUUUCAUUGAUGGAUUUUGAGCUGAAGACAGGAGCAUUUCAUGUGACACAAAAACACCCUCUUGUUUGUUCCUUUCUUUUUGGUAUUUCAAUCUAAAUUCUUUGCUGGCAAACUUUUAUUUGUAAAUCAUAUUGGCUUUCUUAAAGUCAGACAGAAGAAUAAAGAGGUAUAUUCAAUGUUGUAUUGGAUAAUUAAAUAAGAUAUUUACUUAAAAAACAAAUGCCCUUUUUUCUGUUUGUCUUUAAAAAGUAUUUACAAAUUGGAAAAAAUGUAAGUAGUUGCACAAACAGAGUUUAAUUUCUUUUCUUUCUUCUUUUUGCAAACGGUUAGCCUUUUGAGCACUGGAGUGGGUUAGCUGCUAGCUCUUCUUGUUUUCUCGAGAGAUAGUCCUUUAAUUUAUGUGUUAUUAGGAUACAUCAGUGGAAAGGAGGCUGUGUUGUUUUAUAAUUGUCUUUGGGCAAUGAAACGGGCCACAGAGCCUCAUAAGAUUCAUAAACACUCUCAAGGAGGCCCUCGUGGGACAGGAAGAGUCAACAAAUGAUUCAACAGAAAGAUUCAUGACUUAAUCAGUGAGCAAGGACAGUAGAAGCACGUGUAGGAAAAAGGGUCCAUGGCUCUUUAGAUGAUGUGGAGGGACCCCACUUUAGUCUGACCACUGACAUCUUGUAAUGUCAUGAUUUAUUUGUUCCUCCCUUUCAUCAGGCUUCUAUUACCUCCCCCCUAAUUGAUCUUUUCCUGCUUCUCUGUACUUUAUUAUCCCUUUAGCUUCUUGCUUAAGUAUUUAUAAAAGUGCGUAUUUUACAUUGUAGAUUCACACAAUAAUCUCAAGACACUUCUGAUCUUUCCGUGCCAUUUUGACAGACUUUUCCAAUAUUGUAUAAUACAGAUCUAAGAGAGGAAGAAAAACACACUACAUGAAAGUGAUUUGUGGUGUUUUAUGCAGAGCUGUGUGAGGGCACUUGAGUUCAUGGUGGAACGAUUUCAACCGAAAAAUGUGAAACACUGAAAAUCUAGGCCAUCCAUCAGGCAGUCAAAGGGAGAAGAUGCAAACUCCACACAGAAAUGCCCGGGCCAUGUGGUGCAUUCAAACACUGCUGGAAGAAUUAUCAUAUUUAUUUUCUGCGGUCACCACAUCAUAAAAGUUGCGUGUAUAACAUCACCAAUCAAAUACGAGAAAGACACUUAAAAUGUGACUUCGCCCCAAAAUAAGGCUUUAAAAACAUUUGUGUGCUUGAUGCAUAUUAUUAACUGUAUUUAAAGCAAAAAUGUAAUUGUGGCAGGGUGUGGUUUGUGGCUCAGCUGCAGGGGAGGGGUGGAGAAGGGGGUUCAGGGUGCUGUGUCAGGGGAGGCUGACACACACCUGAGCUCCAUCAACUGAUCACGUCUCCCCUGUAAAAGAUGUGCCAGGACCUGAGGUGUGUGGUUGUGUGUGCUACAAGCAGGACAGCUGGAAAGUUGCCAAGUGAAAAACCAGCGCAAAUAAAAAACCUAUAAAACGCUGUUGGUGUUGGGUCCAUCAUUUUCACUGCAUUACAGGUGACUCCACUCAUCCGUCCAAUAACUUCUUCAGUUUGCUGCCAUCAGGAAGGAGACUGAAGAGCCUCCGGGCUAGAACCAUCAGACUGAGACACAGCUUCGUCCAUCGGGCUGUCAGGAUGCUGAAUUCACUCCCUGCUCUCACAUACACGAACCCCAGACCUGCAUUCACCUCUUCCCUCUGAACCCUCCACCCUCAAACCACCACCAUUGCCUUUUCACUGACUGCACCCCCCACCCCCCCGAAACUUGCCCACAGCAAUAUGAUUGUGUUGCACACUGCUGUUUGUACAAGAUUGUAUAGAAUUGCAUUGUGUUGCACAUAAGACUCCUAUUUUAUUUUUAUCU